UCCAAAUCCAUACUCUCCCUUUUGCUUUCCAUGGUUUAAAAAGAAUUUCUUUAUCUUUGUCUUUCUCAAGUUCAUCUCUUUCUCUCUAGACUGCUUCCAGCUAUGAGAAAGAAGCUUGACACUCGCUUUCCCGCUUCUCGAAUCAAAAAGAUAAUGCAAGCGGAUGAAGAUGUGGGCAAGAUAGCAUUAGCAGUACCUGUAUUAGUUUCUAAAGCCUUGGAACUGUUUCUACAAGACCUCUGUGACAGGACCUAUGAUAUUACCCUUCAAAGAGGAGUAAAGACGAUAAGCUCUUUGCAUCUAAAGCAGUGUGUCCACAGUUUCAAUGUCUUUGAUUUUCUCAAGGACAUAGUCAGCAAAGUGCCUGAGUUGGGUGGCUCAGAUGCAGCUGUUGACGAUAGAGCCUCGAAGCGAAGAAAAGCUGCUGAUGAGGACAAUGACAGUGAUGAAGACUCAAAGCGAAGCAAAACUCAGGAGACAACCAACACCAUCUCAAGAGGACGAGGUCGACCUCGAGGGAGAGGCCGGCCUCGAGGCAGCGGCCGCAGUGGAGGCGAAGCUGGUCGCUACGAUAGAUUCGAAGACGACCCAGGAACCUCUCCACAACACAACGAAGAGCAAAAACUCGAAGAUUUGAAACCCUCAGAAGAGCGACCGGAUGCGAGAGAGCAGAAGGAGACAUCAACAGCUGGCGGAGUUGUCAGAAACUUCGACUUGAAUCUACAGUGGGGUGAGGAAGGAGAUACAUCAGCGUCAUCUGUUAAGGUUGCAGAACAAGGCGAGUUGAAGUAUGAAGAGUACGGAGGUUUGCCAUUGUCUGAUAUGGAUAAGAUGGCUGUAGAGCCUCUUAAGCUUUCAUUGUCGAAUCGUAAUAGAGUAGAUGAAGAGGAUGAGGAUUAUGAUAAUGAAGAAGGUUAAAUGUUAUUAGGAGUGAUGGGUAGGGUUUAGUUUUAUGUAGACUGACUUCUUGUAUAAAUAUCUUUUAACUUGUAGCUUCGUAUGAGAGUAGAAACAGUUAUUCAUAUAAUUGUUUCUUUUUUUUUUCUUUUCCUGUUUCAGAUAUUGAUAUGGGUGUAACAUUAGAGGUGGAAAUUGUUGAAUAGUUCGGAAAAUGGUAAAGUGGCGACUAACUUGCUUUUUGCCUGAA